AUGUUCCUUACUAUGCUUGCUACUCUGGAGCGAAAUGACCUCUUUAAGUUGGACUCGGAGGUAAAGAAUAUUGGAGCUAUUAUCGGCCUGUUCAUUCGCUUCAUUGUUGAUGUUGAAGAGUACGGUAUCGACUGGGAUGGCCAUGAUGCGAAUAUCAAGGCUUAUGCCGCCAAGCACGAUGUCACAAUUCAUGGCUUGAACCACCCGCGCUACGCGAAGUCGUCUGGUGAGACGGCUAAGCUUCCCAAGCCUACGGCUAAUGCCAAUGAUCCCUGGGGCUGGGCAAAGGUAUUAGCAAAGCCGAAGAAGACUAAUGAUGGGCGUCUGGGCGGUGAUUCGAAGGACACCACGUCUUGGGCUCCUGCAGAACGCAAGAAGUCGGCUUUUGACAAGAAGGAUCCCAUUUCCCGGAGAGUCAUGACUCAUAUCAAGAAUGGCCGGGUUAUGGGGAUGGGUGGCUAA